CAACUGAACCAGCUCCAUUCGCGCAUAUCUAAAUUCCCAAACUCGAGUGCGCUGCAUGUUAUUAUUAUUUAUGUAUUUUAGUUGAUUUCUUGUAUUAAACAAUUAUAUAAUUAAUAUGCUGCGCACUGUCAUAUGCGAUUUGGCUCGCCUACGGCUAAGUGGCAGCACCGCAAGUUCGGCCGCUGUUGUGGUUACACAAGUCCGUGAGAAGGGCCAUUUGAGCCGGCCUCGUUUACGGAAUCCGUAUUGGUUUAUACGGCCACAGCGCUCGCAAACGGAUGAUCUGGUGACGGGCGAGAAUCGCAGCUUCAUCAAGGAGGUCAUCCAUGAUACCUACGGCGUUCCGGCACUCAUCAAAGGCGUGCAGACCUACGAACAGCGACAGUUGAUUAAGACACCACAAGCACCCGCCACCGAGGAUGCUCAGCCCUGGACACCAAAUGUGCGUCGCUGUGGUUUAAUUGCACGCAAAAUUGGCCAAUAUCCGUUGUGGCUGAAGAAUGGCGAACGUGUGCGCACCACACUGCUGCAGGUGGUGGACAAUCAUGUGGUGAAGUACAUACCGCCAGAGGAGUAUGUGAAGCAUCUGCAUCGCUAUGGUUGCCUUGUCGUUGGUGCCGAGAGCACAAAUCCCGCCCUAUUGACCAAGGAGUAUUGCGGUCUGUUUAAGGACUCGGGUGUCAUGCCCACCAAGAAUCUGGCACGCUUCAUUGUCUCGCCACAGGCGGCCCUGGCGCCUGGCACGCCCCUCAACGUGGGACACUUUCGCGUCGGCGACUUUGUCGAUGUGCGCGGCAAGACCGUCGAUCAUGGCUUCCAGGGUGUGGUUAAGCGUCACGGCUUCAAGGGCAUGCCCGCCUCCCACGGUGUGACGAAGACACAUCGUCGCCCCGGCAACAUUGGCGGCGGCGGUGAGAAGGGUCGCGUCUGGCCCGGCACCAAGAUGCCCGGACACAUGGGCAAUCGCUGGCGGAUCAUCAAGGGACUGCGCAUCUGGCGCGUCAAUACCAAAUACAAUGUGAUGUGGGUGCAGGGCAGCUCGGUGCCCGGAUCCACCAAUGGCCUCGUCUACAUCUACGAUACGAUAUUGCCGUUGCGCAGACCUCAGCUUGCGCCUCCAUUUCCCACACUCUACGACAAUGAUGCGGAGGAGCAGUUGCCCGAGGAUAUUUGGCAUGAGCAGGUGCACAAUUUCAAUGAGGAGUCCAUCACCUAUAAGCCAGAGUAAAGCAUUUCAUGUUCUUUCAUGCUCUGCCCAAUUUGUUUAAAACAAAAAAACAUUUGUUGUAUAAUUUGAUAGAAAUCUAACUAGAUAAACGUAAUGUCGAGAAAAAAAAUCUAU